AAUCCACCUUAAUACGUGCCCGGGCCCGGGGCUUGGUUGGAAGUUGGAACUUGAAAUUGUUGGAAAUUCGCAAUAAAAAGUCAAAGAAGAAUCAUGGAUACACAAACAGUAAAUACUCGAAGAAGGAUAUUGAACCAAGUAGUUUCCAGUAUUUUAGUAGAAUGUGGUUAUGAUACGUGUGAUAAACAAGCAUUGGAAACACUCACCGAAAUGCUGCAAUCGUUUAUUGUGGAGAUUGGAGCUUCAGGGAGAAAUUAUUGUGAACUUUCGGGGAGAACGGAACCUCUCAUAGCGGAUGUGAUAUUGGCAUUGAUUAAUAUGGGCAUAAAAGUAGAUAAUAUAGAGACUUAUGCAAAGCGACAAAAUAGGACAGUUUUACCGACACUUCAACAACAAACGCAGGCAAAACAGUUGAAUAUUUUGCAAGCCGGUGUUAAGCAAAGCCAUCCGUCGCAUAUUCCAAACUAUUUACCAGCUUUUCCUGAUCCACACGCGUAUAUCAGAACUCCGACACAUAAACAACCAGUGACGGAAUACGAAGCAAUCAGAGAAAAGGUAGCAACGCAGAAACGAGAUAUCGAGAGAGCUUUAACGAGGUUUAUUGCCAAAACAGGAGAGACACAUAGUUUAUUCCUUACAGAAGAUAACAGCAUGUUUCCUUUGAUAUCUUGCAAGCCACAAUUUCCGAGUUAUAUUUCCGCUCUUCUACCACAAGAUCAGAUAUUCGAGCCAGAUCCAGACUUUCAGUUUGACUCAAACCCGGUGAAGAAGAAAAAGGAACAACAAAGCGAAGAAACAGAGGAAGGUAAUCAAACGCAAAACGAAAAUAUGGAGCAAAAUGGUGAAACCACUACUCAGCAAGAUGUUAUAGAUAAUCCAUAUUUAAGACCCGGAAAAAUCCCAAAAAAUAAAAUGCCAGGUACGACGGUACUUGGACAACAUUCUGUUAAAAAGGAACUGCUCGAAUCUUAACACCAUAAUAUAAUAUUAAUUAAUAUAUAAAAUGAGGAAAAAGUUUCCGUUUAUGAUGGCUAAUCUUAUGAAUUGUAAAUAGAAGCUUUUUGAACUCGCCUUAUGUACAGAUCCAUAUUUUAUAUUUAAUCCGUUUUUUAUACGAAUCAUAAAUAAAAAUUAAGUUAUGUGUAUUAUGAUAAAAUCAGA